UCGAACAAUUCAACAUAAUCCUCAACAGGACCUUCUCCCCUAAAGUAACCUAACACAUAACUUUAAAGUUUAAUAGGCUAAGGUGAAUGGGAAUGAAGGAUCAUCAAGUUUUGCACUGUUAAUCAACCAAGAAUACAGACUUUUCAGACUGAGGGCAAAUAUCCUCAAACAUACACAGAAAUGAAUGGGUGCUAAUCAGAUUUUGCAUUUUCUAGUUCUAUUUUGCAUUCAUAGCAAUCAUUUUCUGCUUUAGCAAAGCUACCUCUUUAAUUUUUUACCAUUUUUUAAGUGGAAUAACUAAUAUUUUUAAAUCUUUAUGCAUGAAUCCAGUCAGCACCAAUGAAUAUUAUGGUCUCCGGGUAGCUAGUGCUCUGAUUGGUAUAGUGGCUGGAAGUAUCAUCGUUGGAGUCUCAGAUUCUUGUGGAGCAGCUGCGGUUGGAGGAAUAUUCCUGGGUGCAGCUGGAUUUGCUCUCCUCAUUUCAAUAAGCCCAUUCAUUAAGGCAUGGCUGAACUUCAAUCAAAUGCUGCCAUUCCUAGGACAUGCAAGGAUUCAACCCUAUCCAUCUGCAAAUAAUGAAGAGAUGACAAAUGAACCAGCAAAAAGGGAAAGUUCUUUGGGCCCAAUGAAGGAUUCUUCAGAUGGAAAAACACUUAACAUCAAUCCCAUGGCACAUAUUAUUUCUCCAGAUGAAGGGACAUCAUCUGGCCCUCCGGAUUUAAUCGCCCAGAAGCCGCAUCAGUUAUCUGCAAAUUAAGGAAAUAUCCUGUUCAGAUUGAUAAGAAUUUUACUCACUGAAGUGUUCCAUAAAGUCAGCAUGUGUUUUUGCGGC